CGUCACGUUUAUACCCAACCCAGUAUGUGAAAGGAAGCCUAACUGACUGUGUGAAAUUUUAUGAAUCUGGAAAGCUGGCUCAUCAGUUUUGGAUUUCCUACCAUCCACCCACUGGGGCGAAGCACACUUCCAGUGGUGAUGAAUCCCCGCCGAUUAGUGAAGAAAAUCUGGAACAACAAAAGAUUGAGCAUGAACGCCAGAUGCAAAAGGAAAAAGAAACUCAAGCAAGAGAAGCGGAGGAAGUUAGAAAGCUAGACAUAGAGCUGCUUUAUCAAAGAGCUAUUGGAGCGGAGGAGCAUAGACGAGAGAGUGAACUACAUUUGGCAAGUAUUUCGGAGCUUCCGCAAGAAUUCGAUAGUGUCACAAUCAAUGAAGAGGAAGAAAGUGAAAAACCUAUUGUAAGAUUCUAUAUAGAGGAACCAGUGCAGAGCGCCAUGAGUCCAAGAUUACGGUUAGCUAGUCGAGAAAAUUUGUACUCUUGGGGUGCAUCAACGAGCUAUCCAAGUUUACCUUCUCAAUAUCGCCGGCACGUUGCCUUGAGACCUGUGUCAUCAACACCCAUAUGUCGUGCACCUAUUGCUUCAUUAGAUUGUAUGGAUGAAUUCAGCGCCAAUUCGCAACAAACUUUGGAUCAAGUUGCUGUUGGCGAUCCAAACAUGGCAAGACACUUCGUUUCGGUGUACAUGUGCAAUCAUGUAAGCAUGCCGACAUCGGGCACUCCAGGUCUGCGCCACAAGAACCUUGGGAAGUCUGGCCUGAGGGUCCCUAGUAUCGGCUUAGGACUUUGGACGAUGUUGAACGAGAAUAUAACAGAAUCUAUUAUUAUAUCGGCGUUGGAGAACGGGAUUAAUUUGUUUGACUUGUCUGAAGCACACUACGCGAAGGGCGAAACUGAGUUGGGCAGAAUCUUGAAGAAAAGAAACAUCCGUCGAUCGAGCGUGAUCAUCUUUACAAAGAUAUAUUGGAGUACAAAGUCGGAUGAACGUGGAUUGUCCCGCAAGCACAUUAUUGAAAGUGUCAAAGCGUCGCUGGCUCGUCUUCAAAUGGAUUACAUUGAUGUCGUUCUUCUGCAUAAAGUCGACCCUGUCUGCCCAAUGGAAGAGGUGGUAAGGGCAAUGGAUUUCGUUAUAAAGCAAGGCUAUGUGAUGUACUGGGGAACAGCACGCUGGACCCCUUCUGAGAUAAUGGAUGCAUAUGCAAAAUGCAGAGCGUUCAACUGCACCACUCCAGUCGUGGAACAAACAGAGUACCACAUGUUCUGCAGAGAGAAGGCCGAGCUGUACUUACCGGAACUAUAUCACAAAAUUGGAGUUGGAACGAUGGUCUGGUCGGCUCUCACAACUGGUAAAAGCCCUAACCAGGGCGAUGAGGUGACCGGCUUGUUCGCAAAAUCACGAUUCAAUCGGAAAUACAGCACCUUCAGCUGGUGUGAGAAUGCUUUCGCUGAGCAAGAGAAUCAGGAAAAUAAGGAUGGUACCCCUGGAGAGGAGGUUCGCAGUUAUCGCGAUAAAUUGAACGCUUUAGCUGAAAUGGCGAAUAAUUUGAGUUGUUCGAUCACUCAACUUGCUGUGGCCUGGUGCUUGAAGAAUGACAAUGUUAAUUGCUUGUUGUUGGGAGCUACCAGUUUGGAGCAACUUAGUGAAAAUAUUGAUGCUUUGCAGAUCGUGCCACAGUUGAGCCCUUCAGUAAUGGUAGAUAUUGAGCGCAUACUAGCGAACAAGCCACAGCGCCCGCCCAUGGUUUCGACACUGGCAAUGCGCAACCAAAGAAACGAAGCGCGCGCGGAUAGUGCAGGCGCCACGCCAUCCACUUCUGCAAACGCCUUAGCUAAGUCUGAUGAUGUUGAGGCUAAUACCACCCCCGACAAGGAAGAGAAGGCAUGUAAGCUUCAAUGAUAUUGGUGGAAAGGAAGCUCUGACACAGCUUCCAAGUCUAGUAAAUCUAAGGAAUCCCAUGAAUCUAAGCCCAAAUUCUUUCUAAAUAAUGCUGGAGAAGUAAUUCGACGUGUGGAACAUGAUGGAAUAAGGUCCGACACUGUUGUAUCCGUUUCGUCAUUGAAAGGCAAACAGCCUGCGUCAGGAGGGAGCAAGGUGAAGAAAUCAAAGUCUGAUUCAUCACGGCCCAGUUCAUCAUCUCUUCAACAAUCAUCGUCUGGACAGCUGUCCGCCACCCGUGAUAGAAAAUUGUCUCGCUUUAAUCUAGGCUCACCUACAGAUGUGUAAAUGAUAAAAAAGUGAACAUAUUUUUUUUAAAUAUAAACUGAAAUAUUGAACAAACAAACAGUUUGACAAUAGCUAUUUAGCUUCGUACUUAUUAUUACCACAUUAUUAUUAAUGAGAAGUGAUGGUGUAAAUGUGUAGCUUCUACGGUUUAAGCAAAUAUAUAACAUUUAAUGGACAUUUUUAUGGGUUUCCAUAGCUUUAUCAUAUAACUUAGUAUUUAAUUCACAUAAAAAUGUGACUCUGCACUAUAGUGUUGGACAACAGAAAGAAACAUCGAUUUAUUCCUGUGGUGGUGACAGUUUAUGUAACUGGGAAAUGCUUUAUUUGAUAAGUUUUGCUUAACUUGAUAUGUUUAGAUGAUAAGAAUGACGUAUUACAGUGAGGUGAUGUAUUUGACGAAUUGGAAGCGACUUCACAAUGUGUUUGUUCGUUUAGAUAUGACUUGUCUUAAUACAGUGACUUGACGUUUGAUAUGUUAUGCGGUAAUGUUAUUGGCUGAUUUCAGUCACUGCUGAAUCGGUGCCGCUUGGCCGAUCGCCAAAUAAUAAGCAAGAACUAUUAUAAUGUAAUUGCUUUGCAAAUUACCACGUAAGCACUUAUAUUGUAUCUAAGCUUAACUAUAUAUUACUAUAUAAAUAAACACUUAUCUUAAGAAAUGCUAAGGCAAAGUUUAGAAAUAUUGCAUACAAAUUAAUUAAUUUAAUAUUAAACGUAAACAUUGUAUUGUGCGUAAAGUUAGAAGGAAUUAUCUAAGGACGUGAUUGGAAUUGUUAUUAGCUGGAUGGAAUCCAUAAACAUGAAAAUGUAAUUAUUAUAAGUAUAUUAUGAUAUGAUAUUUAUCGUUAAGACAAACUCAAUGUUAUUUAUAUUAUCUGGUAUUUAUAUAGAAUACUUAUGUACUCGUAAAGCGCGUGUCAACUGUUUUGGCUACUGUGACGUAUGUUCAGAGCUCAGUAUAAUAUUAUGAAGUAAUAUGUAGGGCCACGGCCGGUCAGUAGGUAGCCCUCGAUGCUCUGUGGGCAGGUAUAGUGAAGGCUACCGGUCGGUUGAGGCAAAACGAAACAUGGUAGCAAAAGGGUAUGCGAGACUUUUGCGAAGCUGUUUUGUAAAGCGAGUUAAUGACUUUCAGAAGAAACAAGACUAAAUUUUCAGAAAUCGGCCACGUACGUAGUGUGGUGAUUCCCUGUUCGGCGUUUAUAAUGUAUGAAGUUUUACUUUUUUUUAUGGUAAUAAGGGACGAGAUGGGCGGACCUUCAGCUGAUGGUAAUUGAUCCGCCUUGCCCAUAACAACCUAGUGCAGCUCAGGAUUCUUGAAAAACCCAAAAAUUCUGAGCUGCACUACAAUUGCGCUCGUCACCUUGAGACAUAAGAUGUUGUCUUAUUUGCCCAGUAAUUUCACUAGCUACGGCGCCCUUCACACCGAAACACAGUAAUGUUUAAACAUUACUGAUUAGCGGAAGAAAUAGGCACCGUUGUGGUACCCGUCACCUAGCCGGCAUCCUGUGCAAAGGAGCCUCCUACUGAAGGCACUUUUCCCUGCAAAGCAAUAUUGACUGAAGCUAAGCUGAGCUAAGUCAAAAUUUUAUACAAUUAUUUUGUUUCUUCUCUGCUUCAAUGGACAGCCUUAGACCGGUGUGUGAUUGUUAAUCACUAAUUUUAAAAAAUAUUUGUACAGUUGUAAAUGUCGAGCAGUAAAUUUCAUUUACAGACCAUCUUUGAGUGGUCACACGAAGAGACAACAUAACAUUAACCUUGCAAUUACUGCCUAUAUUCAACCACUACUAUGUGUAUUAAUAUAUAGUAUUAUAUAAGAAUUAAUGUAUUCAAUCUAGAUAUAUGUUAAGAAUAUUUGCGCAGUUACAUUAUUAGUCGUGUGGGUUAAGAUAUUUUGUAUACGUUUAAUACACAUUGAACAGUAUGUAUAAUAACCACCUGUAGUCUAUUUCUUAAUAUAACAAUAAUUUUAUUUUCUACUUAUAAUAUAUAAAGUAUUUUUUGAUCCCCGAUUUCAUUCAAAGUUUUUACUAAUAUAGAAAAUAAUUCAUUUGAUAUUAAAAGCCAACUUCUCUAUUUGCCUAUUCUCCAAAUUUGUCAGUUUAUUUAGACUAGACCUUCUCGGCCUAUACCUAAUUCUAUGGCGUUUUUGUAUAAUACGAUUCAUCUACGUAAUUUAUCCUCGCUUGCCUUGCACGAACCCAGGAAAUGGAACUGCUCCUGUAAGUUAUCUAUUUAACUCCCACUUAAUAAUUCUGAUUGGAUACUGCUCUUUAUUUAAUUAUACUUUAUGUCCACUGUAGGUUAUGUUGUGUCCUGGGCUUUUUAAUAUAAAAUGAAAAAUAUGAUAAUGUGGUCCGUAAAUAUUGCAGAUAAAUCAUCAUCAUCUUAGUCAUACAUAUUUUAGCUCUGGUAGGUACAAGCGCUCUUUACUCGGUCAUUAUUUGUGCAAAUAUCAAAGUUACAUUUAAUUUUAUCAGUCGAUAUGGUUAAUAUUAACUAUCGCAUGGACGUGUCAGAAUCACAUUUCAUAAUUUUAAAACAUAAGGAAUCUUUGUAGAGAAUAAUCACUUAUAAAAAUUAUAAUUGUAUUAUUAUAGCCGAUUGUUUUUUUCAUAUUUGAGAUUUUUUUUAAUUAAGAUGAGUUACAGGAUCUCAAUUUGAAAUUAACAAGUUAACCCUAAAUAAGAAAAAUACAAAGCGCGUACAUAAAUAAUUUUAUUCUGUACCGUUUUACAUAAAUAACUGUAUUUUUUUAUAAAUAUUUUUCUUUCUAAUAUAAAUUAUAAUUUUAUUGUAAAUGCCGUUUUUAGUAUACUAAUUCAGAUUAGUAAUAAGUAUUAUAAUAAUUUAAAUGUAUAUUUUUUUAAAUGAGUUCUAAAUCCAUCAUACAUAGUUUAUUAUGUAAAAGAAAAGUUUAUUUUCGUUCGGGAUAUAUUUCUGUUUAGAUUCAUUUCGACAAAAAUGCAAAAAUAUGCAUAGAUAUAAGUCUGUGGGCAUUAAAUAUGUAACAUUUUACUUAAUAAUUGUCGGAAUGUAUUGAGUAGCUCAAAGUAGUAAAACGUAGGUGGGUUUGACUUAGCAAACCCUUAAUAAAUAAAAAUUAUGUUUAAAAUAAAUCACUUUUUAUAUGAAACCGAUAAUGACUGUAAAUUAUUAUUUUCGUGAUUAUUGCAAUGAAAUGGAAUUAAAUGUUGCAUGUUUAGUGAAUAAGAAUACUAUAAUUAAUCACGUAUUUAUUAAUGAAAGCUUUUUAUACGUUACACAUUGCCAGUAACUCAUAUAGUCUUAAUGUUGUAGUUUAUCCACAGGUAUAUGACUUUACAUAUUACACGUCUCAGUCAAGAGCAAAACGCUUUGUGAAAUAAAAAAAUCGUAGUAAGGAAUACCUUACGAUUUUUUAUAAUAAUGGGGUUCAAGAAAUGUUUUAUUAUAAUGUUUGUAUUUGAUUAAUGAUAUGACGAUGAACAUAGUCAUGUUGACAGUGACACCUUCUAAAACGUUGACUGACUUGGAAGACAUGGGUCUUCUACAACUACAAAUUUAUUAAUGUAUCUGAUUAUAUCAAUAACAAUAACAUUCAUGCACUGUGUGAGUAAGUGAUUACUUUCUCUCUUAUGGAGAUGAAGAGUGGUAGCUGUGGGAGACUAACACUGUAACCCUUUUUUAGUAAUAAAAGAGGGGGCAAACUGGCAAAAGGCUCACGUGCUGAAAAAUGGUAAGACAGCCGCCCAUGGACUACUGAGCUGAAGAUAUGUAUUGCCGGCAAUUAAGGUGGGAGCAUGCUCUAAGCUAUAAGGUCCCCAAGUCAGUCGGAAAAUUGCUGCCUUGCAAUAAUUUUCAUUAAAAAGUGUCUGAGCACUCCCCGUAAUAUAUGCGGUAGAAGAUGCAGAGACACCCAUCUUCUCUACGCAAUGCCAAAGAAGAAAAAGAAGCCAGUCGGACAUGUGAAUAUGAGCCACUCUUUGUUAAAUGAGGCCAAAUGAAAGAAGCUAAUACUUGGUAGCGCCCGGAUAUUCGAAUUCCAUGUGAGGCUGUAUUUGUACCUUUUAUAGUUGUCUUAUUGACUACGCCAUGCUUUUUAGAGGUCAAUAUGGCCUUCUGUUCCAACUGACCAUGGCAAUAUAUGUUGCUCAAUAUAUCAACAUCACGCACGGCGACACAAGCUGUGGCAGUUAGAUGAGUGAUCUCGGGUCGAGGAGAUACGUAAAAGGGAGACUGUUUAGUGAUAAACGCACAAUUUGACAAAUCUGUAUCUUAUAAUAGCAAAACUUCUUUAUUAAACUUAUAUGAAUGAAAAAUAUUAAAUUAUUCAAUGUAGUGUACAAGUCAGAAACGUAGAUGUCACGUAUUAUCUUGCAUUACUGUUUGAUCAAUAUUGUUAAAAAAUUAAUUAACUAAUUGUUAUUUUUGGCUGGGGUCCCUAUAAGAUAAGAGAGCCUAAAGUUUUAAAAAUAAAAAUAAUUUCUUAUCUAAGAUCGUUUUAAAUAAUACUCAACCUAUAAUAGAACAAAUAAGAGUCUCGCAAAAUAUAUAGUUUUAAGUUGCGAGAUAGUGUCUUAAGUAAGUCUAAGUUUAGUAAUGCACUUUCUAUUUCACAUUUUUAUUAUUGCCGAGUUUGAAAAACUUGGAGGAGGGCCCACGUUAUUUCGCAAUAGAUUUAUUUUUACAUUUUCAACUGCUCUGUUACUCAUUCGUACAAAAUGUAUUAUUAGUAAUAAAUAAAAUAAUCAAUGUACCCAAUACUAUUUAAUCCGAUUUUGAUAUCGUUAGUAUGUAUUCCAAAUAACAAUACCUUAGAUUGUCGUUGUAAAGUCAAAGAUUUCACGCAAUAAAAUAUUAACUGCA